CCCUGUACUACCAGUUUUCUGCCCCCCAGGGCCAACAGGUCCAGGUCACCCUGUCCCAGAACAGCCUGAUGUACCCGCUGGCCUCUCUCGACUUCUAUGAUGGUCUCCAGCCCAAGGACAAGCUUCUGGUGUCCUUCAAGACCAAGACACAAGCAUUCCCAGUGACGUCGCCUAGCAACGCUGCUGCUGAUGGUGGCCAGGAACUUCAAUCAGAGGGAAAACUUCAGUCUGGAGUACCAGGCAGUGGACCAAAGUUGCAAUGUUGUGGCAUCUGGAACCAGGGGAGACUACUCUUUGAACCCUGAGGCUGUCCCAGGAACACUGUGUCGCUGGACGAUCAGACCAGCAAGUCAGCAAGGUACCGUGUCUCUCAGGGUUACCAAACUGAGUCUCUCUGUCAAUCAGACUGUUACCAUAUACAGCGGGGUCAUGGAGUACGGUGUGACCUUGGCAACAUUUGACCUGACCAAUAUGGACCAGCAGCUGCCCAAGUUCAGUGCUCCAGCCAGCAAAGGCGUUGAACUGGUGUACAAGUCCAACAACACCUGCAAAAACUGUACUGCUCCAGUCGUCAUGGCAACAUAUGCAGUGUCACAGGAAGUGUGUGGAGGCCUGCUGACCAAGGCAGCUGGACAACUGACCAGCCCAGACUACCCCGGACUCUACCCCCUCAACUCGGACUGUGUCUGGGACGUCACCAACACCACCUCCAACACCACCACCAACACCACAUCGUCACAGCUCUUCUAUCUCUCCUUCAGUGCCUUGCAGCUAGGUCAAGGUCACUUUGUCAGAGUCAAGGACACAAAUAAUGGUACUUCACAGUUGCUGGCACAAUAUGGAGGGAUGGUGAAGCCGAACGACAUCAUUGUGGCAGCAGAGUCAACCAGCGUGGAGUUCACUGCCAGAUCGCCCAAGAAAGGCCCCUUCACCCCUGGACAAGGAUUUGCAGCAAACUACUGGAAACUGGACUGUGGGGGAAACUUCACCACAAGCUCCUCAACUGGGCAGUUCCAUAGUCCAGGCUACCCCAAACCUGUCGCGAAAAGCUCACUGUGUGUGUGGAUUGUAGAGUUACCUGCCCAUGGGAACAACAGCACUGUGCGCAACUCGGUUCAGUUCAAGUUGACAGUCACAAGCACAGACAAGAAGCAGCUUGAUUUGCUGGCCAUCCAUGACGGAGGGUCCAUUAGCAACCCGCUGUUGCCAGUUGUGUUCAAGAAGACUCAGACUGGAAAUAUCAUUGCCCGCACCAACACCAUCCUAGUGAUGUACAACUACACUGCUACCAAAGCCCAGGACGGAACCGGAAUGGGAUUCUCUCUUGACUUCAGUGCCUUCAGUUGCAACAGGAGCCGGCAGUGCGGUGGGGACGGAAUCUGCAUCCACCCAGACUGGGUGUGUAACGGAGUGGACGACUGCGGGGACAUGACAGAUGAGAGGAACUGUAACGGCACCGGCCCUGCUGACCGCUCUGGUCUGGUGCACUCGUACUGGGUACCCGUGUGUAUCAUCUUGGGGCUGCUGUUCGGGGUCAUCCUGGCCUUCGUCAUCCCCGCCAUCUACCGCAGGAUCAAGUACCCCAACUACAGCCAGCUGCGGGACCUCAGCGCCCCUGUCGUCACAUAAUCACCUUCACCUUCUGACCUUCACAUUCUUGCAAGCUUUUCUCAGAAAAUAUUAUUGCUUCAGCUGAGUGUUUACUUAGCACAUUCACAGAGUAUUGCUACCAAAGAAUGAGAUUUUCUUUAACUUAAAGAUUAGUGAUGAAGAGAGAACUGUUUCCUAUGUUAUUGUUUGCUUUACAGUUUUACGGUAGCUUACGUACUAUUUUAAUUCGUGUUAGCAACUACUGACAAAUGGACAUCAAUGAAUAUUUUUACAACAGAAACAGAUAUCUUUUCAAGAUGGAUGGUAUUUUUGUAGACCUGCUUUGUGUCAGUCUGUAAUCGGUAGUGUGGAAGUCCUUUCACAGGUAGGUUAUUUAAAACACAGUAGAGUUGAUUCAUGUUUGAACUAAUAUUGUUUUGGGUUGUUUUGCUAGUUUUUGUCUCAUGUUGGCAUGGUGGGUAUUUCAGCCUUCCUAAACCUAUGGUCUCCCUGGUAACAACACACGGAAGGUGCUUCAUUAUUAGAUGAGCAUUUCAGAAAUGUUUGUUUCACAUUGUGUACUCACCGUGUUGAGGUGCUGCCUGGAUCAGUGUCAUGACGGAUACCACCCUAGCACAUUGGCG